GCAUCGCGGUUCUCCUGGCGCAUGUCACCGUAUCGUCAGCGGUCGAGGCGACGGACGCGGAUAUCAACAAAUCUACUCUCCAAACUUCUCCGCCCGGCUCCUCCUACUACAUUGCUCAGCCGACGUCGGACGAAUCUCAGGGGACCAUCAUCGUGCAAAUCCCUGCCGACCCUAAAAAUUCCCCCGCUAUUGUCCGGGUAAUCAUGGCGGGCACCCACGACCCGCCCACGAAGGUCACCCUGUCGCUGCCUGCAGGAGGCAUGGACAUGGCCUUGGAACAGGGUCAGUGGAAGCUGCUGGCUCCGGGGGUGUGGGAUCAGACCCGCCCGGUUGUCUGGUCCGCCGGGGUUGAUGACGUGAGCGGGCAAGAGGUGACGGUGGAGCACCAUGGCACGGAAAGCGUCGUUGUCUCAGCUUCUGGCACCUUAUCUCCGAUCAGUGCUGUUGAUUCUGGCCUUGCAGUGCUGCCAACCAUGUCAGGCGGCCGAUUCGAAGUCAUGUUCUCUGGCUCAAUGGCAGGAGGAGCCAGAAUCCGGAUUGCCAAUGCCACCGACACCAAGGUCACCUUGGAGGUGCACCUGGUCUUCACCAAUGGCGUUACCACCGAGUCCACUGUCUCCCUCAUGGGCAACGUCGGCGCUCAAUUUUUUGCCCCACUCGCCCUCGAGUGCCCAUUCACAUCGGAUAUUGAGGGCGUCUUUGCUUGCGCCAAGACUAUAGACGUGGACAUUCCUGCGGGAACUGCUGCCGACACGGGAACUGCUGCCGACGCGGAAACUGCUGCUGAGCCAAAUGUCCCGAGUCUGCAGGAUUUCAUGGGUGCGCUGGUGGGAGCUACCAUGUCAG